AUGUCAUACGAUGUCUCCAUCUUAUCUCCGGUGAACUUUGAUUUUCCCGGACUAGAUAUUUCAAGCAUCAAAUUCGGUAUACGCCAUUUGCAAACCAUCUAUCUGUACAAUCAAGGUAGAGUGGUGUAUUCAGAUGAAAUCAAUAAUUUCUUAAAGAAUUUACCAUUGAUUUGUACAAAGAUUCGGGAUCUACAUAUUUACAUCAACGAGAGUGGUAGCAGGCUAUUAUCAAAUCUAUUCAGCGACAUUAUAACAGCACAACAAGGCCUUUAUGAAUUCGAAUUCAUGGGAUGCAUUGAUAACGCUGGAAGUGUCAUCUCCUCCUUGUCGUGUCAGGGAAACUCGCUGAAAAAAUUGGUAUUCACGAAUGUCGAAUUCGGGAACACGAGUUUAGAAAGUUUUACGCAUUUGAAAUGCUUGGAAUCUCUAGACAUCAAUGACUGUUUUUUCUCCGAGAAACAUGAUCACACCUUAUCCUUGGCCUUCGACAAGCUGGUGGAGUUGAGUUUGGUGAGGAGUAGUUUGAAUUCCACCACCAUCGCCUCGAUUUUGAAAAGUUCGGGAAGCACCUUGAGAAAGUUGAAGUUAGAUGUGGUCACCGCUGAAACGUUGCAAUCAUCAAUAGAGCAUUGCUGCGGCCUAAAUCAUUUGGUAAUAACUUCGUACAUGAAUUUCUCAUUAUUGUUUUUCAGGUGGAUAAGAAAAUUGGAUGAUCUAAAGAUCUUGGUGUUUUACGAUCAUUCAUACAAGGAAAUUCACACGAGUGCAUUCGUGCGCUCGUUGGCUGAAAGUUUAUCAGCCACCGUGUACCACCUGGACUUGAGCCAUCUAAUACUGAAACCGGAUGAAUUGUCAUAUUUCUUAAUUAAUUGCAAGGCUAGGUUGAAACAUUUCGUGCUACACUGCAGUCAAGAGAGUUUUCACACACACUUGAUAAUUGUGACCGAAUAUGCGAUUAAGAGACGAUGUUUGAGAUCGCUGACCAUCACAUACAAGCCGAAUGUGUGUUUUCCGAAAGUUCGUGAGUUGGAAUGUGUGCAGACUUUGGGUGAAUUGGGUGUACAAGUUACGACUGCAGAAUCUACCCUUUCCUUGAACCAUCAUUAUUGUAACUCAUUCUUUGCGAAUUACAGAAAAUGCCCCGUUAUUCUAGUUAUAGACCAAGUCAAAUACACAGGUCAGUUACUCCUGUCCACCCAAGUCACAGAUCUAGGUCUCCGCGAAGAUCAUAUAGAAGAACACCUUCACCUUCUCGAAGACUCGACAACCGUUCAGCUUGUAAUCGCUCACCAUCACAAACAACGCGUAACCAUUCACCAACUUUAUCAGCACGAAAAUCUCGUCACCGCACCCCAUCUGCAGCACGAUCGUCUCACCGCCGUUCACUUUCUCCACCUAAACGAACAACUCGGCCGCCUACCGAACGGGUCACCUGUGCGACACGUUUCGAGAUCUCCACCGCGAAAUCGUCGAAGUAGCCCCGAUCCUUAUAGACCUCGUCGCUCUCCACGACGAGUGGCAAGAAAGUCCACGAACAAUAAUGAUUCAAAGUUAAAUGAUCUUAAAAAUAAUUCCCACACAGUUACUACCGAAAGGAUCGAAUCGACCAUGAGAAUAGGUGAUUCAUCGGCUCCAGAUGACCCGUCAUCACAUGCGCGAACCCCUUCAACUGUUAAAUCUCAGGCAUCGGAUGUUAAUGAGAAUGUACCAUUAGAGGAUCCUCUCCCCAACGAUGAUUCGAAUGUGGAAGUAAAGGAAACGACGCCCAGAUUACCAUCUCAAUCUCCACCUCCAAAACCCUCUAGAGAUCCAGCCACACCCGAACCUAAAUUAUCAAACAUAACCAAUGCAAGCACCGAUAUGAUAGAUUUCAUUGUUAAAUGUUGUCUUCGUCUUCAAUUACCGAUGGUGACCAUCGCACUUGCACUGAGAGCCUAUCAUAAUUACCAUAAUUAUCUUAGUCAAGGAAAAAAUAGGUGGAUAUCGGGAUACACCGAUCAUUGGCAGUUUGAUGAAGAGCUCACGGGAUUAGCAUGUAUUCUCCUUGUGACCAAGAAUACUGACGUAUUCAAAGGAAUACGGAAGACUCUCAAUGCCGGUUGGAGCCUGAAAUAUCCAAAAACCCCUCUCGAGGACAGCGAUAAGAUGAAAGAAACUGUCAAGAUAGUUGUAUCAAAUAUUAAGAAUGCAAUUAAGCGUGAGAAAGAAUUGUCUAGAGAGACUCCUUAUGGUUCCGCGUCCCGAAUUCUAAAAUAUUUGAUUGAAAAGUCGGAAAGGAAUAUAAAUUCCAACUAUACCCUAUAUUCCAAACUCACACAGGAUGUAUGGGCAAUGAUAUCAAAUUGCCUAUAUUCUACCAAGAUUACGAUAACAUAUAGUUCGGAUGUAUUUGCUACGGCAGUUAUAUAUGUUACCGCUUGCAAGAUUGGAAUCGAUCUUCAGGCACAGUUUUCCGAGCGGUUGGUAAUUGUGACCCAUCCUGUGCCAAAGACCGAUUGGAAUCUUGAUUUAGAUGCAAUCAUGGACAUAAUCGAUUUUAAAAUUGUCGAUCCUUUCGAACCAUCUAUCGACCAGAAUGUAUGA